AUGUUCUCGCUUCAGCUUCCUCUCUCCAUAUCCAUUGAAGAAACAGAAUAGAUACCUUCCCAGAUGAUUGCUUGCAGUCUUACGCUGCUACCAAACCAAAAGACAGCCUUUUUGUUUGCUAGAUAAGAUGGCUUCUUGGAAGGUAUACCGUGGAUCUCAGCUUUCUUCUUUAGUUAUUGGCUUCAAGGAACUUGAAACCACCACUGGCCUUUCUUUAAUUUCUCCUUGAAAAGAGCGCUAAAAGCAAGACUUCAGUUAAGAAAUUGAAGACCUCCCAUACAUACUUUUCCCUCUCUCUCUUGAGGCUACAAAACAAAAACCAGGCCCGAUAGUUCUUUUAGAUUAGCUGCUCAUACAUGGAAGGUGCUUUCAGCAAUUCCAUGCCCUCACACUUCUCCUACACUUUCACCCCUGGGACUAGUAGUGCUUAUGUUACAGAUACUGUCACCAAUACUUGGAUGGACACCAGGAUAUGGAGUAAGCUCCCGCAAUCGCUGAUUGAUCGUGUAAUCGCCUUUCUUCCACCUCCAGCCUUUUUUAGAGCUCGUUGUGUCUGCAAGAGAUGGUAUAGUCUCUUGUUCUCCAACAAUUUUCUUGAACUCUAUAUCCAAAUAUCCCCACGCCGCCAUUGGUUCUUAUUCUUCAAGCACAAAAGCUUAAAAAGCUACAUCUGUGGAAACAACAGUAACACCACUCGUGGCAGUGGCGGCCAAACUAGUACAACCAAUAUAUUUGAAGGGUACCUCUUUGAUCCUUACGAUAUUGCAUGGUAUAGAAUUUCUUUUCCCUUGGUUCCAUCUGGGUUCUCGCCUGCUGCUGCUUCUGGUGGCUUAAUAUGUUGGGUCUCAGAUGAGGCUGGUGCAAAGAGUAUCAUUUUAUGCAACCCACUUAUUGGCUCUCUAUCUCAGUUGCCGCCAACGUUAAGACCACGUCUCUUUCCUUCAACUGGCUUAAAAGUUGGGCCAUCCUCAAUUGAUGUGGCUGUUGCAGGUGAUGACUUGAUUUCUCCAUAUGCAGUCAAGAAUUUAUCCACUGAAAGUUUUCAUAUUGAUGCUGGUGGGUUUUACUCUCUAUGGGGUACUACUUCUUCUCUUCCAAGGCUUUGUAGCCUUGAAUCAGGUCAAAUGGUUUGUGUUGAUGACAGAUUUUACUGCAUGAAUUACAACCCAUUUAGCGUUUUGGCUUAUGAAAUAGCAGCAAACAGCUGGUGCAAGAUUCAAGCUCCAAUGAGGAGAUUUCUGCGCUCGCCAAGCUUGGUUGAGAGCAUGGAAAAACUCAUUCUUGUUGCAGCAGUGGAGAAGAGCAAGCUCAACGUGCCAAAGAGCUUGAGACUUUGGAGUUUGCAAGCUUGUGGAACAACAUGGGUAGAGAUUGAAAGGAUGCCCCAGCAACUUUACCAACAAUUUGAGGAGAUGGAAGCUGGUCACGGGUUUGAUUGUGUUGGACAUGGUGAGUUUAUUGCUAUCAUUAUCAGAGGAUCGGACAAGGCUUUGCUGUUUGAUAUCUUAAGGAAGGCGUGGCAGUGGAUUCCUCCAUGUCCUUACAUGAAUCACGGAGGUGGAGGUGAUGAUGAAUUGCAUGGUUUUGCUUAUGAGCCUACAGUCACUACUCCAGUUACAGGCCUCCUUGAUCAGCUCACAAUCCCAUUUCAGUCAUUCAGUGGGUUAAUUGGCUAGUAAUUAAAGCUUCGAUAGAAUCAAAUUAGGGCGUAGCGGCAGUGGUUGACGGCGGUACCAUAAAAAUGUGAUAGUAUGGUGUGCUCUAGUAGGAAAUCAUGAGAGGGUACCUGAAGUACUUGUUUAUUCGGGUGAUUCUGUUGAGUCAAUCUCCAUGUCUAGCACGUAUUAUAUCAUAUUGUAUUGUUUAAUUAAUUAGUUAGUUAACCCUUUUAUCUAAUUUUGUUCUCUGCUACUGUAAUCUCAUGACUUUAAUUUGCUUUGGCGUCUUACCAAAAUAACUAUCUUAUCUAUUUAUUUUCAGCAAA